AUUCUUAUUAGUUAUUACUUAAAUAUAUUAUAUUAAAUACUAUAACCACCUGUUCAUCAUUGUCUUAUAUCUGACGCGUAUAUAUCCCCUUACAAUCCCAAAACAGUAAUAAAAUUUCAAUUUGUGUGUAACAGACGAAAAAAGAAAAAAAUGUCUGUCAGUUUCACAAACAAAUUUUUUGUUGAAACAAAACGUAAACACAUUUUCAUCAAAUCAAAUCAAAUCAAAUCAGACAACUUCACUUCACCCUUUAUCAGGUAUCACUACUUACGAUCUAUCACCAAUUGGCUACUUCAUUGCUUGUAUAAAUUGAUCCAUCAAGACUUACUUCAUUUCAUUCACUCCUUCCUACCUUCGUUGACUGUGGUUUGAUUCGAUUCGCAUUAAAAUAUAACACGUUAACUUUGCUUCGUCUAAAUUGAUAGAACCCUUUGCUUCAAUCACUACUACUAGUAAUAUCACACUUAUAAGAUGCCUGAACCCGUUGGUAUUGCCAAUUUGCCUAAUCAAAGGUAUAAAAUUAUCUCUAAACAAGGAGCUACAUUCACUAUUAUGGUUUGUGGUGAAGGUGGAUUAGGUAAAACUACUUAUAUCAAUACUUUAUUCCAAUCUUCUUUAAAAUCAUAUCAAGAUCCUCAAACUAGACAUAAUAAAUUCACAAAUUCUCAUCAAACUGUUGAUAUUGAUAUUACCAGAGCUAUAUUAGAAGAAAAGAAUUUUAAAAUUAGAUUAAAUAUAAUUGAUACUCCAGGAUUUGGUAAUAAUGUUAAUAAUCAUGAAAGUUGGACUCCAAUCAUUGAUUUCAUUGAUGAUCAACAUGAAGCUUAUAUGAAACAAGAACAACAACCUUCAAGAUUAGAAAAGAAAGAUUUAAGAGUUCAUGCUUGUCUUUAUUUCAUUAGACCAACUGGUCAUUCUUUAAAACCUUUAGAUAUUGAAAUUAUGAAAAGAUUAAGUACCAGAGUUAAUUUAAUUCCAAUCAUUGCUAAAUCUGAUACUUUAUCCCCUAAAGAAUUAGAAAUCUUUAAAUCAAGAAUAAGAGAUAUAAUUGAAGCUCAAGAUAUUAAUAUUUAUACUCCACCUUUAGAUUUAGAUGAUCCAGCUUCAGCUGAACAUUCCAAACAAUUGAUUGAAUCAAUGCCUUUUGCUAUCAUUGGUAGUGAAGAUGAAUAUGAAAUUAAUGGUCAAUUAAUUAGAGGUAGAAAAUAUCCUUGGGGUUUAGUUGAAGUUGAAAAUGAUCAACAUUGUGAUUUUAAAAAAUUAAGAAGUCUUUUAUUAAGAACUAAUAUGUUGGAUUUAAUCUUAUCAACUAAUGAAAUUCAUUUUGAAUCUUUUAGAUCAGUUAAAUUAGGUACUAAUGAAACUGAAUCAAAUGGUGAAAAUGGUGAAAAUGGGGAAUUAAAGGAUAAAGAUGAAGUUACCAAUGAAAAUGGUGAAGUUGUUAAAAAACCAACUGCUAAGAAACCAAGAAGAUUACAUAAUCCUAAAUUUAAAGAAGAAGAAGAUGCUUUAAAGAAAUUCUUUACUGAACAAGUUAAAGCUGAAGAACAAAGAUUUAGACAAUGGGAAACUAAUAUUGUUAAUGAAAGAAAUAGAUUGAAUCAAGAUUUAGAAGAAUUACAAAGUCAAAUGAAGACAUUAGAAGAUCAAGUAAAGAAAUUACAAUUACAAAAACGUUAAUCAGUUAAAUUGUAACUAACUAUUCACUUUUUCCUUUCUUCUGUAUUUUUUCAAGUUCUAGUAUAUAUACAUUUAUCCCCAUAGUUUUAUUCUAUUUAUAUUAACAUUAUAUAUAUAGUAAUGCCAAUAUCAAUACCUAUAAUACAUGUAAC